AUGUCAUCGUUUCUUGUGAGGCUUAUCAUUGUUUCUCUGCUUCUCAUACAAUGUACAGAAUGCUUGAGCAGCGAUAACAAGAGAAGGCUUGACAUAGUAUCCACAAAUCGUAAUGGUGGCCACACUAAAGUCUUCCAUCUGGAUGCUGAUGGCAAUCCUCGUGUAGAUCCAUCCUCGUCCUCUGCAACUGCAAAACGUCGAAUCCAAGGCCUGCAACACAUCAGUUCGGUGAUUCGAUCCACCUUUCUGCCGUCUGGGUAUCCCACGCGGACGCCCUCAGGGUAUCUUCAAUACUCUGCUUGGAGUUGGAUUCAGGAUCUUUCCACCCAACUCAGAUCUGUUCUGGCCACGCAACGAGUACUUGAGGGAGUAGGAGUUGGACGGGAGGGCGCUACAGCUAUUUCGGCCCUCAUGAACUACCUAGUUCGAGACGGUUGUGGAAUGGCUGCAAAUUUGCUCUUUACAUCUGGCUGGUCCACUUGCUUUCGAACCGACAUCAAACGAUGGCGAUUAUUUGCAGACACCAUCUUGGAUGUUGGGAUCACGUGUGAAGUAGCGGCAGUUUUAGUUCCACAAGCCUUUUUUCUGCCCAUGAUUUCGAUUGGUAACAUUUGCAAGUCCAUAUGUGGGGUGGCGGCGGGGGCUUGUGGGGGUGCAAUCAAUCUCCAUUGGGCAAAGGGGUCUGAUAUCUCCGAUAUUAACGCCAAGUUUGGUGCCCAGCAUACCUGCACGGGAGCAUUGGGAUUGGUCUUUGCAGCCCUCUUUGCUCGAUCCGUGAAUCAAACAAAACCAACGGUGCUUUGGUCGCUCUACUUUCUCUUGACUUUCAUUCACAUAUUCGCCAAUACGAGAUGCAUGAAACUGAUUUCCUUUGACUAUUGCAACAAUACGAGGCUGGAUAUCCUUCUCGCAGAAUUUUUUUCUAAGAGAAGAGAUGGAGGAGAUACCAAUGAGUCACUGUUUCAAAAGUUGCCAACGCCGACGGAGGUAUCACGAACUGAAUCACUCUUCUUUGGUGUUGGAGAUGGACACAGAGGACUUCUGACAAGUGUCCCGUUUCGGUUUGGUGUCGACUUUGAAGAAUUCCACCAAGCCUCGAGAGGGAAUCUGCCCAUGCAAUCGGAUGGGACAGUAGAAUUCGACUCCGAGAAGUACAUCAUUACAGCUGGUAUGACCAAACGAAACAAGAAAUGUAUAGCUGUCUCCUUCUUGUCAGAUGCGAGUCCAAGAGAUGUGACAAAGGCGUACUUUCAUGCCAUGUGUCUGGCUAUCCAAAUCCAGAAAGGUGACACACUACACAGUCUUACAGAUAUCCAAGAUCUAUGGAAUCCAUUCGAAGCUUUGGCAACAAAGGCAGGAUGGGAUCUUGACAAGACAGAACUGCGGUCAGAAGGCUUCGAAUUGACACUUCAUUCAAAUGAGUCAUGA